AUGAUGAGUGCGAUCUUUUUGUGCUUACUCCUGUGUGCAGAUCGACUCGAUUCCGUUAUUGGAUAUUUAACUGUCACUAUUGAGCCCCUCCCACCCGUUGUCAUGGGAGACACAGUGACACUCAAGUGUAAUUUCAGGACUGAUGGGAACCUGAGAGAGAUAGUGUGGUUUCGGGUAACAGAGGGGGGCAGUUCUAAGCAAAAAAUCUUUACAUACGAUGCCAUGUACAACACCAAUUUCUCUCACAUGGAAGACUUUCGUAGGAGAGAAGACCUUGUUUAUCAGUCAACUGUACGGCUUCCUGAGGUUCAAAUGGAAGACAAUGGACCAUAUGAAUGCCAUGUGGGAAUCUAUGACAGGGCAUCAAGAGAGAAGGUUGUCUUAGCAUCUGGGAGCAUAACACUCACUGUUAUGUCACCCCCAAAAUCUAUUUCUGUUAUUGCUGCUGACCAACCAGCCCGAUUCAGCCGUUAUGAAGCUCAGAAUUUCACUCUAGUCUGCAUAGUCAGAGGAGGGAAGCCUGCCCCUACAGUGUACUUCAAACGGGAUGGUGAGCUGAUUGAGGUGCUGCCCUUUGCCAAGUCCUUGGAGGCAGCUGAGAACAGAGGCUUGUUAGCAUCUGCUGACAGCAAGCCUCUGAUCAACCGUGACCUGGAUGACACCAAGCUGCAAAAAUCCCUCUCGCUGCUGGAUCCAGAUGGCCAGUCAGUUCGGCUGGAUUCGGAGGGACCGCAGAGGUAUUCCUCAAAGGCCACAGACCAGGAACCCGACCCCACCACAGAGGUCAUCCCAGAGACCGUGGUCAGUCGAGAGUUCCCCCGUUGGGUACCAAGCUCCAGUCCACUGUACUACUUCAAUCUCACAGAGACCCAAUAUGGAGACGGCACUAUGGACGUACAUGCCAUGCUCACCUGGCACCUGAACCCCCAGCUGGACAAUGAUGCCCUGUUCAGCUGUGAGGUGAAGCACCCUGCUCUCUCUAUGCCCAUGCAGGCAGAGGUCAUUCUGUCUGCUCCCAAGGGGCCCAAACUCAAAAUGACACCAACCAGAGCCAGGGUUGGAGACACAGUCCGUAUCAGUGUUGAAGGAUUUCAAGUGGGAGCAAAGGGGAAUGAGGUUUUUCCAGAACCGUUGUACACAUGGACGCGUGUAGGAGGGACUCUGCUGGACGGCAGUGAGGAGAGGGAUGGGAAGUCUCUGGUGCUGGAGAGGGUACCCGCUGAGCUCAAUGGCUCCAUGUACCGCUGCACAGUCCAGAAUCCCCUCGGUUCCACCAACACACACUUACGACUCAUAGUGUUUGAUAAUCCAAGGAUCAAGAAGGAGACGCUACAUUUAGAUGGUACGUAA